UUCCAAAGUAAUCAAACCUAAAUAAACUACCUUCCUUCUAUAGCAAUACUUGCAUUUGUUAAAUGUUAGUGGUUCAAAUCUGAGAACAUUUUAUGUGAAAUCCAUGUUUAUCACGAAUGUAUUUAUUUGAGUACGUUUUCAUCACUACGCCAAUAAUAUAAAAAAAUAGCAGCAUUCAUUGCAGUGUUUCCAAUAUAUAGACACUGUCACUAUCAUAAUCAUCAAUACUACUAACUAACAAGGACCUAAAAUUGUACUACGCAAACAGAUAGGAACGAAAAUGGAAAUCAAAGAGGAAAUGGAGGAUGGUAAGCAGAAAGGAAUGAGAGAACCAUUGAUAGGGGAACACAACAACCAACUUGUCCAUGCAAACAAAGAUCAUCAUUAUCCAUGGAUGCUUUAUUUCACCACAUUCAUUGCAGUUUGUGGUUCUUAUGAAUUUGGUGCUUGUACUGGGUAUUCAUCUCCAGCUCAAGAUGCUAUCAGGAGGGAUCUUAAUCUGUCUUUGGAAGAGUACUCCUUGUUUGGCUCCAUCUUGACUUUUGGUGCGAUGAUUGGUGCAAUAACUAGUGGACCUAUUGCCGAAUUCGUUGGACGAAAGGGGGCAAUGAGAGUGUCAAGCGCUUUCAGUAUUGCAGGGUGGCUUGUUAUUUACUUUUCUGAGGGUAUAGUUCCUUUGGAUAUUGGGAGACUACUAACAGGAUAUGGAAUGGGAGUUUUUUCAUUUGUGGUUCCUAUCUUCGUAGCAGAAAUUGCGCCAAAAGAACGCAGAGGAGCCUUGACUACCUUAAAUCAGUUCAUGAUUGUUAGUGGGGCAUCUGGGUCAUUCAUAAUUGGAACAGUACUUUCAUGGAGGGCUUUAGCUAUAAUCGGUCUUAUUCCCACUGCUGUGUUGCUUUUGGGUCUGUUAUUCAUUCCCGAGUCUCCUAGAUGGCUGGCAAAGAGAGGACGCGCGAAAGAUUCUGUGGAAGCAUUGCAAAUACUUCGUGGAAAAGAUGCUGAUGUAUCUCAAGAAGCAGAAGAAAUUCAGGAUUAUAUAACUAGUUUAGAACGGCUCGCAAAACCGAAUGGGCUGGAUUUGUUUCAGAAAAGAUAUUUGCGCUCACUCACGAUUGGGGUAGGGCUUAUGGUCUGCCAGCAAUUAGGGGGAAUCAAUGGUGUUUGCUUUUAUACUGGCAGUAUUUUUGAUCUAGCAGGAUUUCCUUCUGCAACGGGGAGUAUAAUAUACGCUAUCCUUCAGAUUGUGAUCACAGGUGUUGGAGCAGCCCUCAUAGAUAGAGCAGGCCGGAAGCCCCUACUUUUGGUAUCUGGAUCAGGAUUGGUUGCAGGAUGUAUAUUUACUGCAGUUGCAUUCUAUCUCAAGGUUCAUGAUGUGGCUGUGGGAGCAGUCCCAGCACUUGCCGUAACCGGCAUAUUGGUCUACAUAGGAUCGUUUUCAAUAGGAAUGGGAGCAAUUCCAUGGGUUGUGAUGUCUGAGAUAUUUCCUGCCAAUAUUAAAGGACAGGCCGGAAGUAUAGCCACAUUAGUGAACUGGUUUGGUGCAUGGCUAUGCUCCUAUACUUUCAACUUUCUCAUGGGUUGGAGCUUCUAUGGUACCUUCAUUCUUUAUGCCGCAAUCAAUGCACUAGCUAUAUUAUUUAUAGUUUUAGUAGUUCCAGAAACCAAAGGUAAAAGCCUUGAACAAUUACAGUCAGCCAUCAACGCGUAGGAAGUUUGCGAUUUGCAGUGUUUGGUGAAACAACAAAGGAUGCAAGUUGAUGAAUCAACAUCCAUAUCUGUUUUACUGUUUAUUUCUAUAUUUGAUGAUUGAAUUCACUAUUGGUUGUCUUGAUUUCAUUGGUUCAUGAAGUAUACUCUAAAGCAUUCUAAAAACUAUUAUAUUUCAUCCAUUGAUACUGUAA